CAGUAUAAUUGCAAUUUCUUACACACGCUCACUCAAUGUGGCCAAUAGCGGCCACAUGGAUAGGAAGAGACGCCUAUAGGUGUAGAAUAAGGACAGCAGCAAUAUUUCAGUCUUGUUUUUCCCCUGUGGGGUGGAAAUCCUCAACACUUUCGGAACCAAAACAAGUGUCUCGUCCAGUCGUGCAUACGAAAAUUGGUGCAGUAUAUUGCCGUGUUGCGUUCCGCUCCACCCUCAGUACAGCCAAGUGCAGGCGAGGCGAAGCGAUGGUUUGUAGUGAGCUUCCAGUCUUUGCUGCCUUCUGCCUUGUCGUUUUGCGGACCCAGUUUUCCCAGGCUUCGGGGCAGUUCGAGUUGCAGAUAAACUUUAUGCAGAAUGCUAACGGCGAGUUGCAGAAUGGGAAUUGCUGUGAAGGCAGUAGCAGAAACCAGGACCGCCAGUGCGUGCGGGCUCAGUGCAACACUUUCUUCAAAGUCUGCCUCAAGGAGUAUCAGUCCCGUGUCUCCCCCGGCGGACCCUGCAGCUUCGGAUUCUCCUCGACCCCGGUCAUCGGAGGGAAUACCUUUAACUUGAGGGCGGGAGGCAGCAACAGCGAACGCAGGAUUGUACUGCCCUUCAGUUUCGCUUGGCCGCGGUCAUACACUUUGAUUGUGGAAGCCUGUGACUACAAUAACGAUACCAGUCCAGGAGAUACCAUAGAGAAGGCUGUUUACUCCGGAAUGAUUAACCCUAGCCACCAGUGGCAAACCCUACGACACAAUGGUGCAGUCGCCCACUUUGAAUACCAGAUCAGGGUGAUGUGUGACGAGCACUACUACGGCUUUGGAUGUAACAAGUUUUGCAGGCCCAGGGACGAUUUCUUCGGACACUACACCUGCGAUCACAAUGGGAACAAGACCUGUCUGGAGGGCUGGAUGGGGCAUGACUGUAAUAAAGCAAUCUGUCGCCAGGGCUGCAGCCCUGAGCAUGGAUCCUGCAAGGUACCUGGGGACUGCAGGUGCCAAUAUGGUUGGCAAGGCUUGUAUUGUGAUAAAUGCAUUCCUCACCCAGGAUGUGUCCAUGGAACAUGCAUUGGACCAUGGCAGUGUCUCUGUGAAACUAACUGGGGUGGGCAGCUGUGCAACAAAGAUUUAAAUUACUGUGGAACACACCAACCUUGUCUGAAUGAUGGAACGUGCAGCAACACCGGUCCUGACAAAUACCAUUGUACUUGCUCUGAUGGUUAUUCUGGACAAAACUGUGAAAUAGCUGAACAUGCCUGUAUCUCUGACCCCUGUCAUCAUGGGGGAAGCUGUUCUGAAACUGCCGUGGGGUUUGAAUGCCUCUGUGCUCCUGGUUGGACAGGCCCAACUUGCAACGUCGAUAUCAAUGACUGUGCUCCGAACCCUUGUGCCCAUGGUGGCACAUGCCAGGAUUUGGUCGAUGGCUUCAAAUGUGUUUGCCCGCAACAAUGGACUGGCAAAACGUGCCAGCUAGAUGCCAAUGAAUGUGAGGGAAAGCCUUGUGUCAAUGCCAACUCCUGUCGCAACCUGAUUGGUGACUACUACUGUGAUUGCAUGCCUGGAUGGAGUGGGAAAAAUUGUGAUUUGGAUGUUAAUGAUUGCCACGGGCAGUGUCAAAACGGGGGAACCUGCAAGGAUUUAGUUAAUGGUUACCGCUGUAGCUGCCUGCCUGGUUUUACUGGCGACGACUGUGAGAAGGACAUCGAUGAAUGUGAAAGUAGCCCAUGUCUCAAUGGGGGUCACUGCCAGGAUGAGGUCAAUGGAUUUCAAUGUCUGUGCCCUGCAGGGUUCUCAGGAAACCUGUGCCAGCUGGACAUUGAUUACUGUGAACCAAACCCAUGUCAGAACAGAGCUCAAUGCUUCAAUCUGGCCAACGAUUACUUCUGCAGCUGUCCUGAUGAUUAUGAAGGGAAAAAUUGUUCCCAUUUGAAAGACCACUGCCGUACGACUCCCUGUGAAGUUAUUGACAGCUGCACCGUUGGCAUAGCGUCCAACAGUACGCCUGCAGGGAUUCGCUACAUCUCCUCGAAUGUCUGUGGGCCUCAUGGGAAAUGCGAGAGUCAGGCAGGCGGAAAAUUCACUUGUGACUGCAAGGAGGGGUUCACAGGCACUUACUGCCAUGAAAAUAUUAAUGACUGUGAGAGCAAUCCUUGUAAAAAUGGUGGGACCUGCAUUGAUGGAGUCAACAUCUAUCAGUGUAUAUGCCGUGAAGGAUGGGAAGGUGUACUUUGCCAGAUCAAUAUUAAUGACUGCAGCAUAAACCCCUGCCAGAAUGGAGGCAAAUGCCAAGAUCUGGUGAAUGACUUCUACUGUGAAUGCAAGAAUGAUUGGAAAGGCAAGACAUGUCACUCUCGGGAUAGCCAAUGUGAUGAAGCCACGUGUAAUAAUGGCGGGACUUGUUACGAUGAAGGGGAUACAUUUAAGUGUAUGUGCCCUCUUGGUUGGGAAGGUGCCACAUGCAACAUAGCAAGAAACAGUAGCUGUUUGCCAAAUCCUUGUCAGCAUGGUGGAACUUGUGUGGUCAGUGGAGAUAGCUUCACGUGCGUCUGCAAGGAGGGUUGGGAAGGAUUCACGUGUUCACAGAACACAAAUGACUGCAGUCCUCACCCAUGUUACAACAGUGGCACGUGUGUGGAUGGUGAGAACUGGUAUCGAUGUGAAUGUGCCCCUGGCUUUGCUGGACCAGAUUGUCGGAUAAACAUUAAUGAGUGCCAGUCUUCACCCUGUGCGUAUGGGGCUACAUGUGUGGAUGAAAUUAAUGGCUAUCGCUGUAUCUGCCCUCCAGGUCGAAGUGGCAUAAGAUGUCAAGAAGUUACAGGGAGAGCUUGCAUUCUGAAAGAUAGCGUUGUGUCACAUGGAGCUAAGUGGGAAGAGGACUGCAAUGGAUGUCAUUGUCAUAACGGCAGAGUUACGUGCACAAAGAUGUGGUGUGGGCCUAAACUUUGCAGGAUUCAUGGGAAAGGCCGGGGCACUUGCCCUGCAUGGCAAACCUGUCUCCCUAUCCAGGAAGACCACUGCUUUGUUCCUCCGUGCGCAGGCUCGGGCGAAUGCUCAUCCACCCGGCUGCCAAUGAAGACCAAGUGCCAGCCCAACACUGAUUACCUGGACAGUACCUGCGCCAAAAUAACACUCGCCAUCAACAAAGAGAUGCUCCAACCGGGUGUUACCAUUGAACAAAUUUGCGUGGAACUGAGGCGCCUGCAGGUUUUGCGUAACCUCUCGGUGGAAUAUUCACUCUAUCUUGUUUGUGAGCAAACCCACUCUGCAGCAAAUGAAAUUAAUGUGGCAGUAUCAGUGGAAAAUUCGCUCCAGGAACCUAAUCUGAUCAAAGAUAUAACGGAGAAAAUCACAGACGUCGUCAGUAAACGUGAUGGGAACAAUACAAUUCUUGCGGCGAUCACUGAGGUUCGAGUCCAAACCUUGCAUGAACCCCUCAAACCAGGUAAGCUUCACAGCAGUUGGGAACUUGGGGGAGGGGGAUGUCAAUUCGAAAGUGACCAUCCAAAUGCUUAAAUGUACAGAGUUUCUGACAUGAGCCCUUUUUUUUUUGGUGGUCACUCGGCUCACAUGGCUGGAAUGCUGUGCAGUGAAGCCAACAGCAUGGGUUCAAUUCCUGCACUGGCUGAUGUUACCACAAAGGGUACUCCUUCUCAACACUUCCCCUCACCUGAAACAUGAUGGUCACCAUCCGUCUUCUCCCUGUGAGAGAGCAGCUCUAUGGGUCUGGUAGCACUGUGCCUCUUUCAGACAGUGUUUCAGAUUCCCAACACCCUCCAGCUAAAAAUAUUUUUCUCAACUUAGCCUUCCAUUUUAAAUCUUAUGUCCAUUCAGCUGAUGGAAGAAGUGCCUUCCUAUCUAUGCCCCUCAAUCUUGUUCACCUCGGCCCAUCAACGCUUCAAUCUUUGCUGCUCCAAGG